AUGCCAUUUCAGCUGAUCCAUGCCGACAGCAUAAGCUCACGACGACAUGCUGAUCCUGCUGAAUCCUCUGUUGCUCAUGCAACUCAUCAUCACCGAUGGAAUCAAGGCUUGCCAAAGAUCAAUGCAGUUCCUCUCAUCAAGAAGGUGAGAGCGGAAUUCCUAGGCACAUUCAUACUGAUCUUCACUGUGUUGUCCACCAUCAUCAUGAAUAAACAGCAUGGCGUCGAGAGCCUGGUCGGCAUUGCAACCUCUGCAGCUGUCACUGUUCUUGUGCUGUCCCUCAUCCACGUAUCCGGCUACCACCUGAACCUGGCAGUCAACACUGCCAUGGCUGUAUUUGGCCACCUCCCACUUGCUCACAUCGCGCCUUACGUGGCUGCACAAAUUCUGGGCUCCAUUGUUGCCUCCUUCACUGUCAAGGGUAUCUAUCAUCCGGUGAACCCUGGGAUCGCCACCAUACCAAAGGUUGGCACAACUGAAGCUUUCUUCCUUGAGUUCAUCACGACAUUUGUGCUUCUGUUCAUCAUCACCCUCUCGCCACUGAUUUCCCAUGCAGUGAAAGAGUUGAUAGCAGUUGUAGUUGGGGCAAGAAUAAUGUUAAAUGCUCUUGUCGCAGGACUAUCAACAGGAGCAUCAAUGAAUCCUGCACGCACGCUUGUACUGGCAAGGCAGUCGUUACACCCAGAUUUGGAUCUACAUGGUAGCAACGCCGCUGGGCGCUAUAGCUGGAACCAGAGCUUAUGA